AUGAGCCUGACCUCGCGGGUGUUCGGCCUGUUCACGACAGCGACCUCGGACUCAACAGCAUCACCUGCGGGGGACUCGCAUACCUCGAUAUGGUCACAGACGGCUCGAAUGGGUGGAAUCAACGAUUCGAGCUACCCGGUUCAAGAUGACCUCGCGCCGGAGGAGGAGCCUAGGCCUCCAUAUCUACAUGCAAUGUUGGCUGGUGGUACCGGAGGAACAUGUGGCGACAUGUUGAUGCAUUCGUUAGACACCGUCAAGACUCGACAACAAGGCGAUCCGACGUUUCCGCCUAAAUACACAUCUAUGGGACAGUCCUACGCAACAAUCUAUCGCCAAGAAGGAUUAUUUCGUGGGUUAUAUGGAGGAGUGACACCGGCCCUUCUCGGCUCGUUUCCCGGCACCGUGAUCUUUUUUGGCGUGUAUGAGUACACAAAGCGUUUGAUGAUCGACUCUGGAAUCAAUCCCAGUAUCGCCUAUCUAUCCGGUGGUUUCUUUGCCGACUUGGCUGCCUCAGUGGUCUAUGUGCCGUCCGAGGUGCUGAAAACCCGACUUCAACUGCAAGGUCGCCACAACAACCCGCACUUCAAUUCGGGCUACAACUACCGCAACAUGAGAGAUGGCUUCCGCCAGAUCGUUCGCCAGGAGGGAUUUUCCGCAUUGUUCCAUGGAUAUAAGGCCACCAUCUUCCGCGAUCUGCCAUUUUCGGCACUCCAAUUCGCAUUCUACGAGAAGGAACAAUCUUUGGCGAAAGAGUGGGUCGGGAAACGGGAUAUUGGACUGGGUUUGGAGAUUCUAACAGCCGCCACCGCCGGCGGUAUGGCUGGUGUGAUCACCUGUCCGAUGGAUGUGGUCAAGACGCGCAUCCAAACCCAGCAGAACCCGACGGAACCGGCUGGACCAUCGGGCGCCAAACACUCUGUCGAACCUGUACCUAAAGAAAGUCCUCGACCCCAUGCACCGGCAUCAUCACAUUCCCACCCUUCCCGGCCACACUCGCGACCAAUCUCCACAUCAGGGGCAAACACCACCAUCCCACCACCCGGUGCGCCCCGCCUCGACACUUCCUCGGUGUUUACUGGGUUGAAAAUGAUCUAUCGGACGGAAGGUAUUGCGGGGUGGUUCCGCGGCGUGGGCCCACGCGGUGUAUGGACCAGCAUUCAGAGCGGCACGAUGCUGGUUAUGUAUCAGUACCUGCUCAAACAACUCGAAGCCCACCAGAUUUUGGAAGAGCGGCCUUGA